UAAAUUAACAUUACAACAUGUAAAGUAAUUCUAGGAUAUUGGACUGCAAUAAAAUUUAGCUAAUAGUUUGGUUUUGUUUUUCUUCUGCGGCGUUAGUCGUGUUCUCGUUUGUCUAUGAUACGGUCAUAGCAAAGGUGACUAUUUGCAUUACUGGGUUGAAUAUUCGUUUAAUACAAAUUAAUUUCUCCUUCCCAUAUAAAAAUACUUAGAAUUUUAAAAUGAAGGGUAUGUUGUUAUUUGUCUUAAUUUUUUGGUGAAAGUUUUCACAAUCUAAGAUUUCCUUUUCUUUGGUUGGAUACGUGGCUAAGGUCUCGGGCCACCAUUGAAAUAUUGUCAUUGCCUGAAGUGAAUCGUAGCUGACAGCAUGUGAAAUUUUGAGAUAGUUAAUAUCCCAGGCAAUCUAUUCAUUCCGGGCCGAGCCCGUUAAACUCGAUUAACCUAAAAAUGUAAGCCGCCCUUACAAAGAAAAGUAAACAGCCAGUGUAUUUCGGUGAGUUGUGGUAAUAAAACAAGUGUUGCUCGGAGGUUAUUCCUUCAUGUUCUUUGUCCAGAACACCGUUUCUUAUUAUUUUGUAUUACCUUUCCAGCCUUCAAUCUUCCCAUCGCUGCCACGUGAGAACGUGACGGUGACAUCCAGAGGAAAAUAAGGAAAACACCCAGCCUUUCUGGUAAGUGGUUUUAUCUCUGUUACACCAAAAACCCCUAAAAGCAACCCCGCGAUUAAAAAUAUAGAAUUAAUUAAAACAACAAGUUACCGAUUUCCAAAAUUAUCUCACCUGGUUAUUUUGUUUGUCCACCAGGGUGUUUUUAUCCGGGUAUAUGUUCCCCAUACUAUCCUGCUACUAUCCUGGUAUUAUGUCCUGAACUGGAGUUAGCAGUUUGCUGCCAAAACUACUCGUGAGAGAAACCGCCCAAGUUUGUGAAACGGAUUAAUACCUAGGAUAUUUUACAUUUAUAACAUAGCAUUUUAAUUAAGGAUAUCCAUCCAGGAAUAAGACCAAUAUAAUUUUGUGGAGCGAUAUAAAUAUAUAUAUUUCCUGUAAUAAAACUUAAAUUAAAUACUUCCACCUCCGUUAGACUGUACGAUGGUGAUAGAAAAUAAGAACUUAGUGAAGGUUGUUCUUACAAUAAAUUAAUUAAAUUAGUUAUAGUUGUUUCUUUCAAUUGCGAUCAUUCGUUAGCUAAAAGAGUGAGGAAAGGGGCGCUCUAAAAACUUAAAUUUGUUCUUUAGUACUUUCGUCAACAAGUUUCAAUAUAAAUACCUACCUCAUUCUUUGCUCCCAGGCGAACGAUAUCCCAUGACCCUGCUCGAGUUCUUUAAAUUAGCUGAGGCAUAAAUAAAACGGGUGUCCGAACUUAUCCACAUAGAAAUAAAGUUAUUAUCCGAACUUACCCCAACCUAUGUGCAUAGGUGAAAGACACUGUUACAUGUUUCUAGGGACCCCUCUGUGGUGCCGAACAUUAUAAGUGGCGUUCCCAACGUUGAGCCUUAGGGAGAAUAUCGCAAUUGAAAAAAAUAAUAGAAUUUAUUACUUUAGUAUUAGUGAAGGCGAAUAUCUGGCUGUACUUUAAUUUAAUAUAAGUUGUAUUAUCUGCUGUAUUGGCGAACAUUUGUUGGCUAUUUACAAUUAUUAUUAUUGACAAAUUUAAGCUUAGAAACUUAAAAUAUUCUGUGUUACUUGUCAUAAAACUUAAAAAAAAAAUUUUUUAAGCUUAUAAACUUAAACAAUUAGAAGUGUAACUCCUUAUAUAUAGAGGUUGUAUAUCAUACAAAAUAAUUUUGGAAAUCUUUUCUUAAUUCGGACAUUUCGAUAAAAGUAUACCAUACUUUAAAAACAAAAUGGAUUUCAUAAAAGCAGGUUGCAAAAUAACGCAUUUACACAAAGAUGAAAUCACACACGAGUUGGCGAUUCGUAGGCUUCCAGUAAAUCCAGUUUCCAGAAGGACCAGUUUGUGUCAGGCGUUAAAAGAAACAGUCGAGCUUGCUCGAAAGGGUAGUUUGAAAUUUCAAGACCUUGUCGUCAACGAUCCAGUGGGAGAAAUCAAGCUGUGUCAGGAUAAGAUUCAGGAAAUUGAACGCGAAGUAUCUGAUGAUAUUUCGGCAGUCGCUAAGGAUAGGUUACUUUCGCGUUGCAAGUACUUAAUAUGUCGUCUCUCUCGGUUGGAUCAAAAUCUUGAGGAAGUUCAGCUACUGAAAGGAACAGUAUCUACUAUUAUGGAACAGCUGCUGGGAGAUGACUCGUCAGCCUCUUCUGAAUCUGGCGGAGAAGAUCCUGCGUCUGCUGUAGGUGACCGAAUUGUCCGAGAAGUGGUAUACAAACCGGAAAAGACUUUUAAUAUAAAUUCCUUGAACUUGAAAUUCAAAGGCGAUACUUGCGUUCGCUCUUUUUUGUCGCGGUUGGAGGAACUACGCGUUGCUCGUAGGAUUUCCGAGAACCGAAUUUAUAGGGGUUUCCCCGAGAUUCUUGAGGGACCGGCGUUGUCAUGGUUUCGAUCUCAGCGUACAGACUUGUUGUCCUAUCGGGAGGUAGUAUCCGCUUUAAGGGAAGAGUUUGAUAUUCCAGAUUUGGAUCAUCUUCUUUUACAAGAGAUUAGAAACCGGACACAGGCUAAGUCCGAGACUAUCGUGUAUUUUGUCUCCACGAUGCUGGGAAUGUACGACCGUCUGAGCCGUCAGGUUCCUGAAGAGGAUAAGCUGGACACGCUGAUGCGUAAUAUUAGGCCGGAGUUUUCGAAGGAUUUGGCUCUUCAUGAUGUCAGGUCCAUUAAACAACUGAAAGACUUGUGUAGGAGGAUUGAAUUGGCUCAAGUUAAGGCAAAGCAGUUUCAUGAACCGCUGUUAUCAAAGAAAUCGGGGUCGUCAUCCCUAGGUACUGAGGAAAAUAAGGGUGAGACUAGAAAUAGGUUUGGUUCUGCUCGUACUUCUAACAUGUCUAAGACUUUUGUCGCUGCUGUAGGGCAGACCUCUUCCGGAAGGAAUGACCUUUGCUGUUUUCGUUGCGGGAAAACCAAUCAUCCUACUAGGGCGUGUAGAUCUUCUAGGGAAACUGUGUGUUUUAAAUGUGGUGCGAAGGGAGUUCGUACCCCUGAGUGCCCAAAAUGUAACCCGGUUCCAAAAAACUGA